GCGGCCGGAGGAGCAAUAGCAGCAGCCGUGGCGGCCACGGGGCGGGGCGCGGCGGUCGGCGGCCGGGGCUGCAGACGGCGGAGCGGCGGGAAAUUGGAUUCCAUGGGUUCCAAGAGAAGAAGAGCUACCUCCCCUUCCAGCAGUGUCAGCGGAGACUUUGAUGACGGGCACCAUUCUGUGUCCACACCAGGCCCAAGCAGGAAAAGGAGGAGGCUUUCCAGUCUUCCAACUGUAGAUCCUAUUGCUGUGUGCCAUGAACUCUACAAUACCAUCCGAGACUAUAAAGAUGAGCAAGGCCGGCUCCUCUGUGAGCUCUUCAUUAGGGCGCCAAAGCGAAGAAAUCAACCGGACUAUUAUGAAGUUGUUUCUCAGCCUAUUGACUUGAUGAAGAUCCAACAGAAACUAAAAAUGGAAGAGUAUGAUGAUGUUAAUCUGCUGACUGCUGACUUCCAGCUGCUUUUUAAUAAUGCAAAGGCCUAUUAUAAGCCAGAUUCUCCUGAAUAUAAAGCUGCUUGCAAACUCUGGGAUUUGUACCUUCGAACAAGAAAUGAGUUUGUUCAGAAAGGAGAAGCAGAUGAUGAAGAUGAUGAUGAAGAUGGGCAAGACAAUCAAGGGACAGUGACCGAUGGAUCUUCUCCAAGUUACUUGAAGGAGAUCCUCGAGCAGCUUCUUGAAGCCAUAGUUGUAGCCACAAAUCCAUCAGGACAUCUCAUUAGUGAACUUUUUCAGAAACUGCCUUCUAAAGUGCAAUAUCCAGACUAUUAUGCAAUAAUUAAGGAGCCUAUAGAUCUCAAGACCAUUGCCCAGAGGAUACAGAAUGGAAGCUACAAAAGUAUUCAUGCAAUGGCCAAAGAUAUAGAUCUCCUAGCAAAAAAUGCCAAAACUUAUAAUGAGCCUGGUUCUCAAGUAUUCAAGGAUGCAAAUUCAAUUAAAAAAAUAUUUUAUAUGAAAAAGGCAGAAAUUGAACAUCAUGAAAUGGCUAAGUCAAGCCUUAGAAUAAGAACUGCAUCAAAUUUGGCUGCAGCCAGGCUCACGAGUUCGUCACACGGUAAAGGCAGCCUUAGUGAAGAGAGAAAUCCCACUAGCAAGUAUUACCGUAAUAAAAGAGCAGUCCAAGGGGGUCGUUUAUCGGCAAUUACCAUGGCACUUCAGUAUGGCUCAGAGAGUGAAGAGGAUGCUGCUUUAGCUGCUGCACGUUAUGAAGAGGGAGAAUCAGAAGCAGAGAGCAUUACUUCUUUUAUGGAUGUUUCAAAUCCUUUUUAUCAGCUUUAUGACACGGUUAGGAGCUGUCGGAAUAACCAGGGGCAGCUAAUAGCGGAACCUUUUUUCCAUUUGCCUUCAAAGAAAAAAUACCCUGAUUAUUAUCAGCAAAUUAAAAUGCCCAUAUCCCUACAACAGAUCAGAACCAAGCUAAAGAACCAAGAAUAUGAAACCUUAGAUCACUUGGAGUGUGAUCUGAAUUUAAUGUUUGAAAAUGCCAAACGUUAUAAUGUUCCCAAUUCAGCCAUCUACAAGCGAGUUUUAAAGUUGCAGCAAGUCAUGCAGGCAAAGAAGAAGGAGCUUGCCAGGAGAGAUGACAUUGAGGAUGGAGACAGCAUGAUCUCUUCAGCCACCUCUGAUACCGGUAGUGCCAAAAGGAAAAGUAAAAAGAACAUAAGAAAGCAGCGAAUGAAAAUCUUAUUCAAUGUUGUUCUUGAAGCUCGAGAACCAGGUUCAGGCAGAAGACUUUGUGACUUAUUUAUGGUUAAACCAUCCAAAAAGGAUUAUCCUGAUUAUUAUAAAAUCAUCUUGGAACCAAUGGACUUGAAAAUAAUUGAACAUAACAUUCGCAAUGACAAAUAUACAGGGGAAGAGGGAAUGAUAGAAGACAUGAAGCUGAUGUUCCGGAAUGCCAGGCACUACAAUGAGGAGGGCUCCCAGGUAUACAAUGAUGCACACAUCCUGGAGAAGUUGCUCAAGGAUAAAAGGAAAGAGCUGGGUCCACUGCCUGAUGAGGAUGACAUGGCUUCUCCCAAACUCAAGCUGAGUAGGAAGAGUGGGAUUUCUCCUAAAAAAUCAAAAUAUAUGACUCCAAUGCAGCAGAAACUAAAUGAAGUCUAUGAGGCAGUAAAGAACUAUACUGAUAAGAGAGGUCGCCGCCUCAGUGCCAUAUUUCUGAGGCUUCCCUCCAGAUCCGAGCUGCCUGACUACUAUUUGACCAUCAAAAAGCCCAUGGACAUGGAAAAAAUUCGAAGCCACAUGAUGGCCAAUAAGUACCAAGAUAUAGACUCCAUGGUUGAGGACUUUGUCAUGAUGUUUAACAAUGCCUGUACGUACAAUGAGCCUGAGUCCCUUAUCUACAAAGACGCCCUUGUCCUACACAAAGUCCUGCUUGAAACUCGCAGGGAUCUGGAGGGAGAUGAGGACUCUCAUGUCCCAAAUGUGACCUUGCUGAUUCAGGAACUUAUCCACAAUCUGUUUGUAUCAGUUAUGAGUCAUCAGGAUGAUGAGGGAAGAUGCUACAGUGAUUCCUUAGCAGAAAUUCCUGCUGUGGAUCCCAACUUUCCAAACAAACCUCCCCUUACUUUUGACAUAAUUAGGAAGAAUGUUGAAAAUAAUCGCUACCGGAGGCUUGAUUUAUUUCAAGAGCAUAUGUUUGAAGUAUUGGAAAGGGCAAGAAGGAUGAAUCGGACAGAUUCUGAAAUAUAUGAGGAUGCAGUAGAACUUCAGCAGUUUUUUAUUAAAAUCCGUGAUGAACUCUGCAAAAAUGGGGAGAUCCUCCUUUCACCAGCACUCAGCUAUACCACGAAACAUUUGCAUAAUGAUGUGGAGAAAGAAAAAAAGGAAAAAUUACCCAAAGAAAUAGAAGAAGAUAAACUAAAACGAGAAGAAGAAAAAAGAGAAGCUGAAAAGAGUGAAGAUUCCUCGAGUGCUACAGGCCUAUCAGGCUUACAUCGUACAUAUAGCCAGGACUGCAGCUUUAAGAACAGCAUGUACCAUGUUGGAGAUUAUGUCUAUGUGGAACCUGCAGAGGCCAACCUACAGCCACAUAUAGUCUGUAUUGAAAGACUGUGGGAAGAUUCUGCUGAAAAGGAAGUUUUUAAGAGUGAUUAUUACAAUAAAGUUCCCGUUAGUAAAAUUCUAGGCAAAUGUGUCGUCAUGUUUGUCAAGGAAUACUUUAAAUUAUGCCCAGAAAACUUUCGAGAUGAAGAUGUUUUUGUAUGUGAAUCACGAUAUUCUGCCAAAACCAAAUCUUUUAAGAAAAUUAAACUAUGGACCAUGCCCAUCAGCUCAGUUAGGUUUGUCCCUCGGGACAUGCCCCUGCCUGUUGUCCGAGUGGCCUCCGUAUUUGCAAAUGCAGAUAAAGGGGAUGAUGAGAAGAACACAGACAACUCAGAGGAUAGUCGAGCCGAAGACAGUUUUAAUUUGGAGAAGGAAAAAGAAGAUGUCCCUGUGGAAAUGUCCAAUGGUGAACCAGGUUGCCACUACUUUGAGCAGCUUCAUUACAAUGACAUGUGGCUGAAGGUUGGUGACUGUGUCUUCAUCAAGUCUCAUGGCCUGGUGCGCCCUCGAGUGGGCAGAAUUGAAAAGGUAUGGGUCCGAGAUGGAGCUGCAUAUUUUUAUGGCCCGAUCUUCAUCCACCCAGAAGAAACAGAGCAUGAACCCACAAAAAUGUUCUAUAAAAAAGAAGUGUUUCUGAGUAACCUGGAAGAAACCUGCCCCAUGACAUGUAUUCUGGGAAAAUGUGCUGUGUUGUCAUUCAAGGACUUCCUCUCCUGCAGGCCAACUGAAAUACCAGAAAAUGACAUUCUGCUUUGUGAAAGCCGCUAUAAUGAGAGUGACAAGCAGAUGAAAAAAUUCAAGGGACUGAAGAGGUUUUCACUGUCUGCUAAAGUGGUAGAUGAUGAAAUUUAUUACUUCAGGAAGCCAAUUGUUCCUCAGAAGGAGCCCUCACCUUUGUUGGAAAAGAAGAUCCAGUUGCUAGAAGCUAAAUUUGCCGAGUUAGAAGGUGGAGAUGAUGAUAUCGAAGAGAUGGGAGAAGAGGAUAGUGAGUCCACCCCAAAGUCUGCCAAAGGCAGUGCAAAGAAGGAAGGCUCCAAGCGGAAGAUCAACAUGAGCGGCUACAUACUGUUCAGCAGUGAAAUGAGAGCUGUGAUUAAGGCCCAACACCCAGACUACUCUUUUGGGGAGCUCAGCAGACUUGUGGGGACAGAAUGGAGAAACCUCGAGACAGCUAAGAAGGCAGAAUAUGAAGGCAUGAUGGGUGGCUAUCCGCCAGGCCUUCCACCUUUGCAGGGCCCAGUUGAUGGCCUUGUUAGCAUGGGCAGCAUGCAGCCACUUCAUCCUGGGGGUCCUCCACCCCACCACCUUCCACCAGGUGUGCCCGGCCUCCCGGGCAUCCCACCACCGGGUGUGAUGCACCAAGGAGUGACCCCUAUGGUAGGGACUCCAGCACCAGGUGGAAGUCCAUAUGGACAACAGGUGGGAGUUUUGGGGCCUCCCGGGCAGCAGGCACCGCCGCCAUAUCCCAGCCCACAUCCAGCCGCCCCACCCGUCAUACAGCAGCCAACAACGCCCAUGUUUGUGGCUCCCCCACCGAAGACCCAACGGCUUCUCCACUCAGAGGCAUAUCUGAAAUACAUCGAAGGACUCAGUGCCGAGUCCAGCAGCAUUAGCAAAUGGGACCAGACCCUGGCAGCUAGAAGAAGGGACGUCCAUUUGUCGAAAGAACAAGAGAGCCGCUUACCCUCUCACUGGCUGAAAAGUAAAGGGGCCCACACCACCAUGGCAGAUGCCCUCUGGCGUCUUCGGGAUUUGAUGCUCCGAGACACCCUUAACAUUCGCCAAGCAUACAACCUAGAAAACGUUUAAUCCCAUCAGUUGCAUUUCUUUUAUAGAAGCAUAAAGAGUUUUGUGAAACAGUAGCCAUUUUAGUUACUGGGGGCGGGGGGAAGGAACAAAGGAUGAUAAUUUUUAUUGCAUUUUACUGUACAUCGCAAGGCCAUUUUUAUAUAAGGACACUUUUAAUAAGCUAUUUCAAUUUGUUUUUGUUAUAUUAAGUUGACUUUAUCAAAUACACAAAGAUUUUUUUUGCAUAUGUUUCCUUCGUUUAAAACCAGUUUCAUAAUUGGUUAUAUAUGUAGACUUGAAGUUUUAACUUUUUACAUGUUGCCAUGGAAUCAAAACCAUCAAAGGUUUUUUUUCUUGGCUUGGAUUUUUUUUUUUUUUUUAAUAAAAAAACAAACAAAAUUUAAAAAAAAAAAAAACACAUAUACACACACAACAGUUUACAGAUUACUUUAAAUUGACAGUGAAAUGUGAAGUUGGUCCUAGUUUACAUCUUAGAGAGGGGAGUAUACUUGUGUCUAUUCCAUGUGCCUAAGUAUCUUAACCUACUUGCCACAAAAGCUGUUGCUUACAGGUGAAGUGAAGUGCUUUCUUUGAAAGGUGGUUACUUAGAUUCUAGCUGUUUGGCAGAUACGAGACAAUUUGCUCUGUGGACUCCAAGGCUCGCUGCAGGGACCUGAAGUCAGUGCUGUGCACCCUUCUGCAGCCAGCCCCUCCCGGUCACUCGGAGGGAGGGACUCAUCUUCUUGUGCUGCGUUAGACAUCUAUGAUGUCAGUUAUCUUUGCAGAAGAUGUGCACAACCCUGAAUUACAUUUCCUCUUGGCAGGUAAGUUUAAGGGUACUUUGGAUCUAUUUAUAAUGAAUUCACAAUUCAUGCCUGUACAUGUUAAAUGAUUUAAAUGAUAUGUUGGGAAACACUGAAGUUCAUCUUAAAGAAAGCAGUGAGGUGUGCAAGGAGUUGAUUACUUUUAAGCAUAACACCUGACCUACCAGAGGGGCGGUGGUAUGUAGCUGAAUGUGAGCUGUGUCAGAAACAUAAUUGAAUGGCUGAAUCACCUGCAUAUGCAGAUAUUUUAUUACUCUUUAUUUUCUCAUUGUCAGGUGUGGUGUUUUUUUGUUUUUCCUUCUGAGUUCCAGGGUUGUAAUCCUCAGCCAGAAAUUUAAGGAUUUCUAAAAUAUUUCAAACUGAGCUUAUAGUCUUUUGAGUUUCAGAAGAGAAGAAUCAAAAUGUAAGAAAAUGCUUACUAAAAAUAUCAUUACAGAGCCCAUACCCUUGUUUUUGAUGACCAUCUCUUUCUUAUUUUACCUUAGAAUAAACAUUUGGAGGGAGUGUAUUAUGCUCAGAUAGGUAGAGGGUAUCCACCAGAGAAUGUUUCUUCACUUGGGGGCUGUAUUUUUAAAACCUGCUUUAUUGGAAAGGGUGGUUGCCUUUGUGGUGAAAUUUCCACUGCUGUUUGAAAGCUGAGAGUGACUCUUGAGAGGAUGCAUUUUUUUUUCUUUUAAUCUGGUAUGGGUCGAUACCCAGAUCUUUAAUGACCAUUCUUAUUAAAUCAUGAGGACAAGAGUGUAGAAUGGGGAAAAGUCUCUUGUGUUAGACACUUUAAAUACAGGAGGCCCUUGUAACUUAAUUACUUGUAGUCAACCACUGGAUGUCAAUUUGCAUGGAGUAUUUUAAAUAAUUUUAAAUUUUAAAAAAUGUAUUGCAGUUGUAUGUCCAUACCUUAUUGUUAAUCAGAUAAGCAAAGCCUCAGCGCCUGAUUAUUUGGGUCAUUGAAUCAUCAUGGACUUUAUAGUAUAAUCAGAUUCUUUCAUUUCUAGCCAUCCUUGAAUUACACCAAAGAACCUGAAAUUUAAUUUUGGUUAAGUUAUUUAUUUAUUUCAUGCAUUCAUUUUCUUUCCCUUUUUAAGGUCUGGGUGAGACUUCCUUGGGAAGCCUCUAAAAACUCUUCACUUUGGGCUACGUGGGGCAUCAGAAGCCAGAGAGAGCACUCCUCCUCGGGACUCCUGUCCAGCACCAACUGGUGCUAGAGGAGUCAUAGAUGCAGCUGGGCCUCCCUGAGGCGGUGCAAAGCCGGGUCAGGGGACACCAGACAGGCCUUAAUCAAGUUU